AUGGCUCCUGAGGCACCCGAUCCUCAAAGCCUGAAGUCAUGGCAUGAUGCAUUCCAAUACCCAAUUCCCACGGUCCGCCGUGUGGAACAAGAGCUGCGCCGGGAUAUCGCGAGCAAUAGGGAGAAGCUCCGAGCUCUCGUGGGGACGCGAUAUCGUGACUUAGUUGGAACUGCUGAGACAAUUGUGGCUAUGAACCGAGACAUUCAAGACGUGGAAUCCAUUCUGGCCGAUGUUGGACGCCGGUGCAACCCCCGACUUAUAGAGAGGAAGCAUGUUCACGUCCGGCAAAUAAAGACUGGCGAUGCCGAGAAAGAUGCAGAGAAGCACGCAUUCGGAGCGCAGCUUUCCCUCCUUCACCGCUGUACAACCUCCAUUAGCCGGCUUUUGCGACGUCGCAGCUCGCUCCUGUUGGUUGCGAAGAUUCUGGUUGUUUCCCGAUCACUGCACAACACAUUAUCGAAACAUGAAUCACUCCCUCCAUUCCUUGAUGAUCUCUGGAAGCAGGUAGCGUCCCUUCGGCAAACACUUCUUAAACGGAUUAAUAAACGCCUUGCCUCUACAAAUGCCACAGAAGACAUUAUCAUCGAAUCAUUGGCUGCCUAUUGCCUUGUAGAGAGCCCUUCUUCCGAUGAUGCGAUUCGUCAUUUCCACCGAGUGCGCCUGGACAUCAUUGUUAGCCAGUUGGAUACGUCUCGUGAGAACAUUCCCAGGGCUCUCCAGCUGUUUGUUCGGACACUUCAGGCCUCAAAGGUUUUGCGAUCUCAUCGAUUCUCAGAUGUGCUCUUGAAACUUAAAGCUCGACCCCUCCUCGCCGACCCAGAGAUCCAGAGUCUAGAUGGGCUGGAGGUUGGAGUUCUUGGCCGCUGGGUAGCUCCAGAUGUCAAAAACUUCACACCCUGGAUCAAGCUCAGCGAACUAAACAGAACGCAGGGCGUGGAAUCAAUCAAGGAAUGGUCACUCGAGGCUUUCAAGAAAUUGUCCGAAGGCUGCCAAAAGAGCCUGGCCCACAGCACUGAUUUCUCCGAGCUCCUCUCUCUCCGUACAGAGACUGUGGAAUUGUGGCUAUCAUCCUGGGGCUCAACCACCAUUCACAGCUCAGUGAAUGUCCUCGAAAGUCUCCGAAAUGUCUUCAAUGAGCAGCUCUCCAGAAUCUUGAAUGUGCAAGCACAAGGCCUAGACGAAGUUGGUACUCAAGUUUCAUCUAUAAUAUCAGACUGGGAGAACACCGACCACAGCUCCGUCGGAUCUCUGUGGGACGCCGAUCUCAUUACCGCAGAAUACACGAACGGUGCACAGGCAUUCAAACGAACCGUCGCAGACAGAUUAUUGGGUCGUGACGAAGACGUUUCCACCGUCCUUAUGAAGUAUCAAGCAUGGCUGGCAUCAAUCCAAGAAGUCAACGAAUCCAUCGAUUCUCUACGCCGCACGCGAUGGUCCGACAUUCUCGUCGGAGGUGAAGUCGAAGACGAAGAUAUUGACAUCACACCACGACUCAACGAAGAUGAUCCCCGACACCUAUCGGAUUCUCUCCACUGUGCCGUUCGCGACGCAUUCAGUAAUCUCCAGACAUCAUUCAGCAGCGCUUUCAAGUCAUUCACCCCCUCGCAUUCAAGUGAAAAAGCCACUUUCCUACUGAGGCUUAUACGACUCAUCCGGCGAGAUAUCCCCGCCGGCUUUGUAUCUGGAGACUUUGUCUUCUCGAGUGAAAUCGUCCCUGAUCUACAGAAUUUGCUUGCAACAGAAGUAGUCGCCAAGGCUGGCUCGUUGAGCUUGAUCCCGUUCCCCAAGAGCAACCCCCAAACAGGCAAGAUUAAGACCGUGCCCGGCCGAUCACUCUGGGAAGGCGAGCCUGCCAUACCGGUUCAGCCCUCGGCUUCGAGCUUCAAGCUCCUGCGCCGUCUCACUUCCUCGAUGGAUACUUGCGGAUUGGACCUGUGGGAUCCGUCCACGGUGCAGGCGUUGAAGCAGGAAUUGAAAAGGAAACUUGGGGCGGCUAUCUCAUCUGCUUUGGAUGAUCUCGAUAGCGAAGAUACCGCUAGCAAGACUGAGACUAAGGAUGGUCAACCCACUGCCAACGGAGAUAAGGACGAGGAAGAUAAGACUGCGGAGAAACCAGAGACCCAAAGCCCGGACCCAGAUCAAGUCGAGGGCCUGCGCGACUGGAAAGUCCAGCUAUUCUUCGACUCUAUAUAUCUGUCUCAGAUGCUCGGCGAGCGAAAUCAGCUGGCUGAUGUCGUCGAGCGUGCUCAGAAGAGCGCUGGUUCCAGUGCGGAGACUGUUAAGACUAUCAAGAAGCUUGCAACUGAGUAUUGGACUCGGACGGAGCUGCUGUUUGGUCUCUUGGUAGGAAACUGA